AAUUACAAUAAAAAAAUCACUCCCAAACCUUUCAAAAUUUCCCGCCAGAAAACGAAUAAAUGAGAAUCGCAGAAAUAUCGACGCCGGAGCUCCGUCAAUCCGCAUGCGAUCCGGAACCGCCUUCUCACCACCAACACAAUCACCUCCUCUCUCAAAUCGAAUUCCAAAUCAAACAAACUGAGACUCACCCACCUGCGACUCCACUACACGACUCGCUCCCUUCCGAUCUCCGCCAACUCUUAACCCACCUGACUCAAUUCGCUCCUUUCCCCACCACCAACAACUCUCUCAAACUCCAACUUUGGAAACUCAGCUACCGUCUCUGGAACGCCUGUGUCGAUCUCUCGAACGCCGCCUCCAUCCACUCUCCGUCCUCCAAUUACGCUCCUCAAAAUGUCGCUAAGCUCCGCCACGUGGCAGCCGAUAUGCUUGCCCUCGCCGUAGAUGUCAUCGGAAUCCCUUCUCCGGUGAUCAAAUCUUCUUCGUUCUAUUACAAGACCGGUCUCGUAUGGCACGAUCUUAAGAUAUUCGAUCUGGCUUCUACAUGCUUCGAGAGAGCCACGGAUCUCAUCUCGAAGCUCGAUAUAAGGAAAAUAUCGGACGCGGGAGAGAGGAAACUUCUUUUAGAUCUGAAUCUCGCGAGAUCUCGCACUGCGUGGGAGAUUUCAGAUAAAAAUCUGGCGAUAACGCUACUGAACCGGUCGAAAACUCUCCUUUUCGGUUCUCCGGUUCAUUUCAAAGCUCUGGCGAACCAGUUCUUAGCUUUCGCUAAAACUGUUCUAUCGAAAAACGAAAACAACGGUAUCUUCAACGAAGCGUUGAAGUUUAUGAACGAAGCCUUGGAUUUAUGCGAGAAAGGAUUGUCUAUUGCACGAGCACGAGAAGCAACAGCGGAGAUCAAGGAAUUGAAAUUCAAAACGCUGCGUUUCAUUGCAGCCAUCCAUCUUCAAAACGGAGAAUUCGAAAGCGUGAUCAAGUGCGUUAAAGUUUUAAGAGAUAACGGUGGUGAGAGUGGCGAUCACCACGCUUCGUUGCCUGUUUUGGCAAUGAAGGCGUGGCUUGGUUUAGGGAGGUAUAGUGAGGCGGAGAAGGAGUUGAAGGGAAUGGUUCUAAAUAAAGGGAUUCCUGAGGGCGUUUGGGUCUCUGCAGUGGAAACUUAUUUUCAGGCUGCUGGAAAUGCGGGGUUGGAAACGGCGAAGGGGGUAUUUUUGGGGUUGUUGGGACGAUGUCAUCUUAGUGCACGCGCUGCUGUAAGGGUGGUUCACAGGGUAGUGGGUGACGGUGGUGGAAUUGAGGAGUCAAGGAUUAGAGCGAAGAUGGCGGCGGAGCUGGCGGCGGAUGAGAGAGUGAUUGCGUUGUUUGCUUGUGAAUCUGUGGCGAAAGAGAGGACAGCCAUGCAUGCUGUUCUUUGGAAUUGUGGUUCAGAUAAUUUCAGAUUGAAAGAUUAUGAAACAAGUGCUGAGAUGUUUGAGAAAUCUAUGCUUUAUAUACCACAUGAUAUAGAGAAUAGAGUUCUUCGAGCCAAGGGCUAUAGAGUUUUGUGUCUUUGCUACCUUGGUCUUACUCAACUUGAUCGAGCUCAAGAAUAUGUCAACGAGGCUGAAAAGCUUGAUCCAAACAUCAUAUGUGCUUUCCUUAAGUUCAAAAUCUGUUUGCAAAAGAAUGACCAUGAUGGUGCUAUCAGUCAGAUACAAACAAUGAUAACCUGUCUUGAUUUCACUCCAGACUUUCUGUCUCUCUCAGCCCAUGAAGCUGUUGCUUCCCGUGCUCUUCCUGUUGCGGCUUCUGCUCUUUCCAACUUGCUUAACUUUUAUACCUCAGGGAAAACAAUGCCAAUAGCGGAAGUUAUAGUGCUACGCACAUUGGUCACAAUUCUCUCUCAGGACCUCGGUAAAGAGGCUGAAGUCCUCAAAUUCUUGAAAAAAGCACACAACAGAGCUUCUGAGCUUGGAGCUGACUGUUUUUUUGGGAAGGGGGAGGUUGGAAGACGAGAAAAGAAUUGGUUUGCUGUAACUUCAUGGAAUUUUGGAACAAAGUGUGGGAAGGAAAAGAACUAUGAAUUAUGUGCUGAAUUUCUUAGAGUGGUUUCUGGAUUUUAUAGUUUUAUGGUUGAUGGACAAGUGGAAGAAAACAAUGUCAUGAUUUGCAGAUCAUUGAUACUGACUGUGUCUGCUAUGAUAGCUUCAGAGAACCAAAAAAUGACUCCAUUGCCCGAGGCUGAAGUAAAACAUGCCGUUGAGCUGCUAGAGAGUGCUGGGAAGAUCCUGACUUCGCUCUCUGUGGGAACCCAGCUAACUGAUGAUAAAGUCACUACCAUUGAUGCUGAUCUCUUUUUCAUGUAUGUGCUCAAUGCCUAUAAUAUGCAUGGAAGACUGAACAAUUUAGAGUCCCAACAACAUCUUGUGAAGAGCUUUGCGGGCACAAAGGCUUGCAGUCCUCAAUACCUUCUCCAAAUCGGCCUGAAUGCCUCAGAGGGUCCAAGGUUCAAUGCUGACGUGGCAAUCUUUGCUCUUAAUGAGUGCCUCUCACGCAUUCUUUCUUCCCCCUCUCCAGACUACCAAGAUGUGGCUCUUAUUGUCCGAAGGCUGAUUGCAGUUGUUAGUAUUCACAGGGGUGAUUCGGAUGAUGAUGCAGUGCUUAGUAUGUACAAGCAAGCAUAUCGAAUAAUGGUUGGGUUGAAGGAAGGGGAAUAUCCAACAGAAGAGGGCAAAUGGCUUGCAAUGACUGCAUGGAAUCGGGCAGCCUUACCCGUAAGGAUGGGACAGAUUGAUAUGGCAAAGAAGUGGAUGAAUGCUGGGUUGGAACUUGCUAGGAAGGUUGUUGGGAUGGAGACUUAUCAGGCAUGCAUGGAGGAUUACAUUGCUGGAUUUGAAAAGAAAUUUCAUAUGCAGAUUGCCGGUGAAAUCCGGCCUCAAUAGUGCCGUAGCAUGUGUACUAACAAUCAUAGAAACUAACUACCUCUCCAGCUGAACAUAAAUGGGUUUUUCCUGUUCCCAUGACUAUGAAUUAUUUUUUUUUGUACCACUUUGUUGUCUCCAAUAG